UUUCAAACACCCUAUGUGGGCGAGCGCUGCCUGUGGGGGAAGAGCCCUCCCUCAGCCCGAGACACACAGCUCUGAUAUCACCGCAAACAGCAGCUGCGUCUGUUCGCGCUGCUUCGUAAACAGCUCCAGUCCUGCCCAGGAAGGGGCCGGCGCCUGGCGUUCUGAGGAAGCGCGAGCGGCUUCCUCCUCCCGUGGUUCACCCUUCGGCAGCGGAAGGAGGGGGGCGCCAGGCCUCGUGAACCCGGACCCGAGUGGCCCUCUGGAGGGGACCUCGAUUAGCUGCGCAGGUCCAGAGGCGGAAGCGUCUUCGCAACGGAAAGUGUUCGGACUGCGCUGUAGCCUCGCCGGACGACCAACCACUCACUCAAUGAGCUGCCUGCUACCACCCUUCCCGGGAGAGGGAAAAGCUCCACAAUUCCCCGAUCCACAUUCUCCCCGCUCGGCCCCCUCGGAAGCGGACUUCACCCUCCCUUACGGCAGGUCUGAGAUGGUGGACGAGAUUCCUCGCCAGCUGCCCCUGGAAGACCUUCAUCUAUCAUGCUACGCUGUUCACCAGAGCGGCCAGAAAAUGCCACAGCCAGAACCAGAACCGUUAACAAAAGAGACACAUCGGACUAGCCUGAAGUUCUCUUGGUCCUUGGAAUACCGGCAAGCAACACCUCAGGUGUGCACCACUUUCAAAGGACCCGUGACAACCUCGCCCAGGGCUUGGGCCACAGAGUUUGCAGCCGACCCAAGCAGGACCGCCGUGUUUCUCUCCAGUUCACGUUUGAACCCGACAGUCUCAAUUCCAGAAAUAGAUUGUAAUAGCCGCAGAUUUUCCACGAUGACGGCCAUUUCUCCCUGUCUUCAUUGUGUCUUAGUUGCUGAUAGAAUCACGUAAAAAGUAGAGUCGGUUUUGGUGGCAUUCUGGUGACAGAGAGGCCCCCAUCACCCCAACCAUGCACUUUCCUAAUCUACCUUCUUGCCUGGAAAA